CGACGACCGCUGGGCAACACGCUCGACAGCGCGGACGCUCCGUAAACCCCUACUCACGAUGUCUGGUCACGAUGAAGAGUCGCGGAGGGAUAGGCUGCCGUCGUUCGCCGAGGUCCUCUCGCGGCGAACGCGACCUCCUGUUGAUCUUUUCAUGUUCUACCUCUUUCUUCAGCGAGAAGGAGCGGAAGACAUCCUGGACUUUUGGCUCGACGUGCAGCAGCACGAGAAUCUGUGCCGUGCCUACUUCAAGGACGUGCGCAAGACCGGGCGGUCGAUCAAGGAGGACUGGCCGCAAUACUGGGAGUACGCGCGCCGACGUGGAUCGAUAUACGGAACGAUUGUGGGGAUGAGUAACGCCGGUCUUCAGACGAAGCGAAGUACGGCGAGCACGGGCGAGAUGCUGAGCGACCAGGAGAAGCACGGGCUCGCGCAGGCAGGGGAGAAGGGAGCGACCAGCCCCGACCCGCGUUCGACGACGUCUCCCGCAACGGCUGUCGGCAGCGAGUUUGAGCCCGCGAGGAGCACGACGCCAUGGUCGCUCGGCGCGCGUACCCCAACCCUCUUCAAUCGGCGCGCCUCACGCGCACCCACUAUUCUCCCCCGUGACGGCGCCGUCACGAAACAGCAGCUGAUCAAAUCGGCGGAAUACAUCUUCUACCGCUACCUCACGCCGUCCAACACGGUUAACUCGACGGAGAACCACGAGAUCUACCUCCCCCCCGCACUUCGCAUCCACGCGUUCCCGCUCUCCAGCGGCGCGGAGCCCAAGACCGACGCGGAGGAGGCCGUGCUGGCGCAGAUUCCGGAUAUGUUCCACGCGCAAAAGGAGUAUUGCUUUAGGGCGAUGGAGCAAGACGCGUUUCCCAGGUUCCUGAGGGCGAAGGCGUUUGGAAAUCUGACCCCGGUAUCGGCACUCGUCCGGCUGGUGGUCGGCCUCAUCGUGCUGUGGAUUGGGUUCGCGGUGGCGUUCUCGCUCGUCUUCCUUGAUGUGAAGCCCAAGUCCGUGCGCUUCUACCUUUUCAUCCCUUUCACCCUCUCCGUCCUAUUCCUAAUCUCACAUCAGUACGAACUCGACCCUCUUCUCGUCUUCCUCAAUCGGUCGGAAUCCACCCCAUUCAGAACCCUCGCCAUCAAGGAGUCCUACGUCAAGAAGCUCCUCCUCGGUCGUGCUAUCUGGGUCACCGUCCUGGUGGGCAUCAUCGCGACCGCCUUGACCCUCAUAUUCUGGGCCGUGCCGGGCCAUCGUCUCUGAGCCAUCGCACGCGUCAUCUUGGUGUCAUCUUGAAAGGCCGAAUGUAAUACUUCACGGGGCGGCGGUGGAUGGUAAUGGAGGGCGUCGGACGGUCUCGCAGCUCAUCGAACAUCUUAUUUUCCCAGUCUCUUUUGGCUCCCUCGAAUUCCAGCGCUUGAUCCCACUCAUGUCGUUCCUUCCACUCCUUGUUGAUUAUGUCUCCUCGUCACCUUCUGGAUCUAUAUACCUAGGUUGAUACCCUCGCUUCAUGUUUGCUAUCGCAGCUAAUAAAUUAUAGUCAAUAUUGGACUCGUUUGAGUCGGACGUUGGCAUUGGCCGAUGCCGGAAGACUCCGGUGGCGUGCAGGCCUGCGGCUGCGCACGCAACUCGACUUGACUU